AUGGAAGAAUAUAACAAGAGCAGCAUAAAGAAGGCAAGGCUGAACUCGUUGCUGACAAACUUGCUAGAUGACCCUAUACUUUCUGAUGUUCCCAAGAACCCAACUUUGGCAGAUGUUGACACUCUCAUUAGCCUUGAAUUGGGUAGUGCCAUGCGCAUUUCUGUCUUGAAAUUGGAUGGGUCUACUCUUGACGUGAUCGUGAUGAAUUCAGCAACAGUCAAGGAUUUGAAACUUGCCAUCAAGAGGAAGGUAAAUGACAUGGAACAAUCUGGCAUGGGUCACCGCCACAUUUCUUGGAAACAUGUAUGGGCAAAUUAUUGUUUGUCAUACCAUAACAACAAGCUCCUAGAUGAUAAUGAUGCACUCCAAAAUUUUGGUGUACGAAAUAAUUCUCAGGUUCAAUUUGCACCCUUUGUCAUGACAAAACAAUCACGGAGGCAUUCGAAGAGGAGAAAACACCGUUUUUUUCAUGGCCUUAAUAAGCGUUCCUGAUCAAACAAGGCCAUGUUCUAAAAUGACUUCAUAUAAUUGUACCUAACGUCCAUCCAAAUCAUUUUUCAAUCUUUUGCAAACAAUUCGAAAAUAUGUAAAUAAAGUUACCCAAAAAACAUCAUUGGCUUAUCUGUUGUUGAUGUUGGUAAGUAGGUGAUCUGUCCCAGUACAAGUACAAGUAAUCAGUGUUUUAUUUUGUUAAAGUAAUUAACUUUUUUAUUAUUGCAA